ACUCGAAAAAUGGGUGCUAUUCGAACAUGCAUUUCAAAAUUGAAUCUUCCGGGAAUGCCAGAGGACGCAUCGGAAUCCGAGAGAUCGUUGUACAUUUCGAGUGUGAUACCGUUUGAACAGUCUUUAGUAAUUUACAGUUUGGGCGCUUUACUGGAUUACAUGCAGCCCAAAUUUAAGAAUUUGUAUCGUCACGAUUCUCUCAUUAUCACAAAUGUUAACGUUUGUCAACUGGAUGACCAACUCUUAAUGGAUCUUUCCACUUUUUAUGGCUUACAAAUUUUUAGUCCGACGUCCAAUCCAAAUUCGAAGGAGAGCAAACGAUAUCUCACUUUGUACAAUUUAUUGAAUCAAUGUGUCAGUGCCAUGGGCUCGAACGUUCUAAGAGAAAUUAUGAUGAUGCCAACACGAGACUUGAACGAAUUAAAUCUGCGUCUCAACACAGUAGAAUGGCUGUCUCAGAAGCAAAAUUUCAAUGUUGUGGUCAAAUUUAGACGACAUCUUCGAAAAAUCCGAAAUUUGAGUCUACUUUCCAAACGGAUUACUACUUACAUGGGAAAAGCAGAAGAUGUGAAACUAAUGAAAAGCAGCAUUUAUUACGCUUAUUUAAUUUGCGAAGAAUGUUCCAAAGCCACAGGAACGGAUGGAACACUCCUUCAGACUUUGGGAGACUACACAACGAAAAGUCACACAAUUAAAGGAGUUUUAUUCGCUUUAGACAAAGUAGUUGACUUGGUGGCAAGCGAAAAAGAAGAUCGAUUCAUCGUUAAAAUAGGCCUAGAUGAGGAUUUAGAUCGAAAAAAGGACCUUUUAACGGACAUUGAAAAGUCGAUUUAUGCACCGGAGCAAACAAAGAGACUGGGAUUACCAAGUUUCAUUCACGAGUACUAUCUGAUUUUCUUACCAGGCGUCGGAUUUGUCGUGGCAGUCGAAUUGGAAAACAGAGAUGCAAGUUCUGUGAUAAAUUCGAGUACCGGAGAGCCGUUAGAUUUGUUGUUUCGUAAAGACCAAACGAUUUACUUCAAAACUGCUUAUUGUAACGAGCUAAAUGAAAAAUAUGGUGAUUUAUAUGGAGAUAUUUGUUGUCAUGAAAAACGAAUUUUUGAUCGUCUCGUGAAAUAUCUGCUCGAAUCUCUGUCAGAAUUGAUUAGUAUCAACAAAUUUUGCGCUAAAUUGGACUGUCUUAUAUCGUUUGCAAGUGUCUCUUUGCAAAGGCAAUAUGUUAAGCCGAAAAUCGUAACAACACGAGGUUUGUUCAUCAAGCAAGGAAGGCAUCCGUUAAUUGAAACUCGAGUUCCUUUUAUACCGAAUGACACGAAUAUCAAUGAAACGAAUGAUAAUUUGAUCACAAUUUUGAGUGCGCCAAAUGCAAGUGGAAAGAGUGCAUAUAUGAAGCAAACUGCAUUGAUCGCAUAUAUGGCUCACAUUGGAUGUUUUGUUCCAGCUGAAGUUGCUGAAAUUGGUUUACUAGAUGCCAUCUACACAAGAAUUUACUGUCCUGAAUCUGUUCAUCAAGAUGAAUCUUCAUAUUUCUCUGACUUGAAACAAAUGUCUCAUGUUUUAAAUAAAGGAACGACCAAAUCUCUUGUCUUAAUUGAUGAAUUCGGAAAAGGAACGAACGUUCGAGAAGGUCAGGCCCUUUUGGCUGCCUGCAUUGAGAACAUGGCAGCCCGUGGAAAGGAUUCUUCAAUUACAAUCAUCACGACACAUUUUCUUGAAGUGCUAAAAUUAUUGACUUGCGACAACAUAACGUUAAAAACUAUUAGAACUAUCCAAAAUGAAGAAGGAUUCCGAUCACUUUAUGAGCUAGUGGACGGAUACACAUCACCCAAUGUCUCGGACUAUAAUGAAACUAACGCUUUGUUUAAACAAAUGAUUAUGAGUGGCGAAAGAGCAAUUGAUGUUAAUGCAACGUACUACACACUUUUGAUAUCUAAAUUUGCAUUCGCUCGUUGUUUACUCCACAUUUUCAAAAAGGACAAAAAUCUGGACAUGAAAGAGAUUUUUGAAUUGCUCAAAAAUGCAACUUUAAAAGAAUUUAUUUGA